AUGAGUGGCACAGGACUCGGAUGGCCCGCUUUGGUGCCACCAUACCGCAACCGCCUUGAAGAGUGGUUUAGCACGCCUGAGAAAUUGCAUGCCUCAUUCGACACGAGGGAAGAGCUUGUAUCAUUGCUUAGGGCUUGCGAUAACACACUUCUUGAAAGUAGCCUGCAGUUGAUUGCGGAUGCACUUCUUGAAUGGCAUGCAGACAAUGCUCGCACAGUUGCGAGUGGGCGCAGGGAAUCAAGGAGGCGCUUGACAGAGUGCUUGCCCAGUGUCCCGGGAACUGGCCUUAGCUUGCAUGAGCAUUACAAUCAGAUUGCACUUCAGAGUCCACUUGCGUUGCUUCCGGUUCUUCGCAAGCGGAAGUUAGCUACUGAUAGGGUCGUAGAUCGCGGUGCCAGGGCCACUGAGGAGAUACGGCUUCGGCAGGAGUAUGCAUUGCGUCUUGCGGCCAUCAUGCAGGAGGCGCAACUGCCGGUGUGCAAGGUGCUUGCAGGGGUCAGCAAUGCCGAGGAAGCCUGGCCACGGCUGUUCGGGACCCGUCGAUCCAAGACAUUGAGAAAUCGCUUUAGAGCUUGGGACAAGUUUCGGGAAUGGUUGCUUUACAGCCGUGGCAGGAGCUAUCCGGAAGGGGUAGCUGAUGUGCUAGAUUAUGCCAAUGAACGAUUCCAGGAAGGAUGUGGAAAGACAGUUCUCGAAAGCCUGCAAGCCUCUCUCAGUGUAAUUGAAGGUGUAGGGCGCGUGCCGUCUACGCAGCAGAUAUCUCAGGAUCCCACAUGGCAGGCGCAGCUCAAAAGUUACACAGCCGAUUUGGUUUCGGCGGCACCGCCGGAGCAGCCAGCCAGCAUGCUCACUGUUGCUAUCGUUCUUGCAUGUGAGAUCUUCGUUUGCACGCCCGGGGAGCCUAGUUACUUGAGAGCAUUGGGCUUUGUCUGCUUAUUGAUGGUUUGGGGAUCGCUUCGGGCUGAUGAUGUUCAGGGGCUCUUGCCGCAGACCAUGCUUCUGGACGAGCGAGGGCUUAGCAUUGAUCUCGCGCGGUCCAAGACUACAGGGCCCGACAAAAGGACCCACACCGUCAAGGUCUUCGUGGAACGGAGUAUCUCUCUGACAGGGCAUGAUUGGCUGAAGGUCGGAUAUGCACUUUGGAAGGAUUUCGAUUUUGAGAGGGAGUAUCUGGUUUUGAAGGCCAAUGAAGGUUUCACGGAACCCCUGGAGAAGUCGGUGCCUUCCUCCACGGUGGCCCUUUACUUCCGCAAAGUUCUCAGUGAGUUGAAAACGCCCAAGCGUGAGGGGCGCACAUGGAAGGCCAAUGAUCAGCGUCCGCUGCUCCCGGGAUACACUUCCAGUCAUUUUACGGGACAUUCUGCGAGGAACUUCCUUAGCUCGGUCGGAGCGGCCAUCGAUGUCGACCCCAGGGAGCUUGAUUAUCUGGGUCGCUGGAAGGUAGGUGGCGAAGGUUCUGCAACCUACAUUCGCACUUCUAGGCAGGUUGUGCAUCGUCUCCAGAGUCACAUUGCUUGUUCCCUUGUCACCGGACAGCCAAAGCACUACAUCGAGGUGGAUUCCAUCAAGGCUUUGACGGAUUAUGCAGCUAAGGCGGGGGAGAGCGAAUCUCAGGUUCGUCGCCGUCACACCCUUCUCGAGGGAUCCAAAGGCUUGGGCGGGUCGUGGCCAACUCUGGCAUUGGAAGUGGGUGUUGCGGCACCACCUUCUCCAGUCGAGCAGGUUUCGAUGCCAGGCAGCCGGGGGGAUUACUUCAUCGUUACCUCUCGCACCACAGGCCUGAGGCGUCUGCACAUGUUGGGCUGCUAUGUCAAGCCUGAGAAUUGUUAUGAUGUGAAAUUUGUCAGUCAUGUCGGCGCGGAGGACGUCGAUAACAUUUGCAAAGAUUGCAAAGCAAGAAUGAAGGCUCAGGCCGGAGAGGAGGAAUCAGACCCCUCCAGCAGUGACAGUGGGAGCGAGUCGAUGCGAUUCCAGGCAAUCGCCGAUUCCCGGCCGGAAGCUCGGGCUGCUGGGAAGGCGGACUUUGGUCUUGAUGAUGGGGCUGCUGAUGGGCGACAACAAAUCGCGGGGGUCGUCGCUGCAUGGGAACUUGCACGCGACGUAAUCAGCAAAGAGACGGAAACACGAGCAGAGGCGAAAGUGUUAGGCCAGCCGCGAAUCUUGCAAGUCACAGAGAGGCAAGCAAUGCUCAAGGCGGUAGCGGCCGUUCACGGGCAGCUGGGAGAGUCGGAGACUCCAUCGUCUGAGUACCUCGCUCUCAAGUGCGAGGAGUGCGAAGCCAAUGAGCCUCAGGCUUCAACCUUGGAUGCCAUAACUUCGAAGAAGAACACGCUCACCACGAGCAUCCAGUCCAGCCUUGAUCUUAAGCUGUCUGACUUCGACCACUUCGUGAACUACAUCCUUGGCGAAAAGGAGACCUACUUCACGACGCCGCUCGCCUUGUCCAUCAUUGAGCGACCACGCAAGUGGCACAAAGGCAAGGGCAAGGGUGAUGUGGGCUCUUACCUUCAGUCAUUGGGCAAUGUCACUAAUCUUCUUCAGUUCGAUCUUCAGCGCUCCACGGAGCAUGACUUGACUAAGGAAGGCUUGUGGCAGCACAUCUUUCAAUUGCUUGGCGAAGGGGAUUGGAUCCUCAUUGUGGAGCAGGCUAAUUAUUUUCUUGAUCAGACCGUGACGGCAUGUCAACUUGCAUGGCAGUAUGUCCUGGAGCACCCGGAGGAUCUCGGCGCAACGCCGGAUCAAGAGUUACCGGCUUCCAUCUGGCAGCUACCAGCUCUGCGUGAGCUCCAGGUUUCCACUCAGGCCAUCACUUUUGCUUUCUUUCAAUGCAGCUUUGAGGCUCCCACUUCCAAACCCACACGCCUUCUCACUAAUCUACGGGCCUUUGUCGAGCAGCCUCCGCCUUUUGCUUCCUGGCCACGCUUCGACUCCAGUGAUCGCUACGUGGGGCCGUUGCCGCCACGCUGCCCGCACGGGAAACAUGCCAAAGUACUUGCAGGCCGAGAAGGCUCCCGCUGGGCGACCGAGUCAUCAGCAGCCUAUCCUCCUCUGUUGUGUGAGUGGCUUGCGCAUGCUGUGCUUGCUUCCGCUUCGCAGGGGGGACUUGGGUCAGCGCCGCACAGCUCCGUUCCAGGUGAGGCAGGUCCAAUGCAGGAAUCCCACGAGGCGACGCAGGAGGUGCAUCAGGAUUUAUGUGAAGUGCCGCAGGGGCUGCACCAGGUGGUUUCCGAUAGGGUAGAGGCGGUUACUGAUAGGGUAGAGGCGGUUGGCUUGAUCGAGUCGGAAGCACCUCCUUCCACUUUGUUGCCGUCGCCAGACUCUUCGGGGCAUGCGAUGAGGAUCUCGCGUUUCUUCGCGGGCAUGGUUUCGUCCUUCCGGGCGAAGAGCACAGUGUUGAUCUUGAGGCGGUCCAGUCAGAUGAUUCGGAGGUGCUGGAGGGGGGGUGAGGUCGAAAGGCCGGAGCCCUUCAAGCAUCAGGAGUGCCACAACAUCGGGCUGCCUUUGAACCUCGAGUGGGAUGGCAAAACUCAGCCGAUCACGGAUGGCUUUGGACUCUGCUCACCCACUAGAUGGCCUCCGGAAGCCAGGGGGGGCCUGCUGCCCAAGCAGGCUUUGGAGUUCGCCACUGCCAUGCAUCAAGUGCUUCGAGACUUUGUAGCGGACGUUGUGCCUGAUAUCAAGCGCACGGCGAUGGAGCUUGCGCUAGGCCGCCUUAAGGAAUCGCCUUUCACUCCCGAGAUGUUAGGGGUCCUUAGGAAGGAUUGGUUUAGUUGCAUAGAGGUUGCUUCGGGAGGCAAGUGUACGGAUCUUGAUGUGGUGCCGAGUGGCCAGCCAUUCUUCUUGCAUGCUGUGUCUGCGACGGCUCGGCUGUUGCAGGACCCAGAUUGGAAAGCCGUUUCUUGCCAGGAGGACUCCUAUGUCAGCGGGGUCGCGAUCGGUUAUGACUGCCCCGCGCCUCACUUGCCACAGGUGUACGAGUACAAACACAAGUCCCGCAAGCUCGAUGAAUCGGAUGCCGAGUGGCAUCGCGAGAACUAUUCGUCGGCAAACGAAACAUCGGAUCAGCUUGAGAAGAAGUUUGCAGAGGAAGAGGCUCUUGGGCGCAUGGAGGUAGUUCACCUUGUGCGCAGCGCAAAGCAAAGUCAGGAGGCCACCUUUUGCCUCACCGGCGAUGUGACGGCGGCUCACAGGUUGUUCCUUGUCAGAGAGGCCGACUGGCCUUUGUUGUGCUGUAAGGUGCGCAACGACACGCCGGUCGUUUGGUACAACAAAGUAGGAACGUUCGGUAUAUCAUCAUCCGCCUUCCUUUGGUCCAGAUUGUUUGGGAUCAUCGGCCGCUGCACCGCGCGCUUUCUUUUGACAUUGUGGUUCUAUCACCUCGUCUUCGUAGAUGAUGUUCACGCCAACUUCGCAGGAAGGGAGAAAUUUCAUCAUUUGCUCAUGUGGCUAGCAUGCUUCGAGAUGUUUGGCACACCUUUCGCAUACAAGAAGUUCCGCGGUGGGCUCACUUCGGCUUUUGUGGGUUACGAACUUUCUUAUCCAGACCAGAGGGUCGGAAUUUCCGAAUCGCGGGGCCAGUGGCUCUUGAAAUGGAUCGCUGAGGCUCGGUCCUCGAAGUUUGUUGUUUCGGUUCGCAGGUUUGCUGAGUUCUUAGGGAGGCUGGGCUUCGUCGCUCGGCUUUUGGUUUGGCUUAAGGCACACCUUGCACCGCUUUACAGCUGGAGGGCAGCGGUGAACGACAGUUCAGUCGCUCGGAUGCCCGACACCGUCAUCCUUACUCUUGAAUAUCUUGACCUCACGUUCAGGGACAUGACGUUCAAGGUCGCCGCAGCAAGAUCGGUCAAAAGAGAAGGCGUGGCCUUCCGCACUGAUGCAAAGUGCGCGGACGGGUACGUGGUCCUUGGGGGUUGGGAUUGCGCAGGCACAACUCAGGAGUCCAGAUGGUUCUCACUUCGACUUACUCCCUCAGAGGCCCCUUACCUCUUCGACUCAGAAGGUCACAGUCAGUGGGCUUCGGCAUCGGCGGAAUUGCUGGCCACGCUGGCUGCACUGCACAUCUUCGGUCACCUUGAAGCCGGGCCAACUAGGCGUUUGAUGAAGGUUGAGGUUCUAGCUCAGACGGAUAAUAAGUCUAACGAGGGCUUGACUCGCAAGGGUUCUACAACGCGCUGGCCCUUGCUCAUGGUUAACAUGCAGCUCACCCAUGUUCUCAUGAAGGCCGGCUUGCGGUUGAACUUGGGAUGGCGUCCACGGGACGAAAAUCAGGAGGCCGAUGAUUUAACCAACGAAAUCUUCGACCGUUUCUCUGAGGAGUUGCGGGUCCCAGUGCAGUACUCCGAAUUGCCGCUUUCCUUUCUUCACACUCUUUACGAAGCCAGGCGUGCACAGCUGAGCAGCCGUGAAGUGGAUUCCAUCCGCGACACGGUGCAAGAAGGCGAUCGACUUGUAAAGACGGUGCAUGCGGCUAUCAGCCAGCUUGAGUCGCAGGGCCACGUCUACACGAUGCAGCUUCAACCGACCAUGGUCGGGAUCAGUUCCCAGAACCGCGACGGGAGCGGGAUUAAUCCCGUAGAUGUCCACGAUCUUCUGGGCGACAUAGUUCAAGCCGGCUGGCUUGAUGCCAGGGUCCAGGCCAUCGCCCAUGAGCCAACUGGGCAAGAGGACAUCGAUUGGAAUGUCCGUCUCUUCCAAAGCAUGCAUGAUCGCUGUGGGCCCCUGGAGCCCACGAUGAUCAAAGCACUCUCCCUGGCAGGGUCACACACAAACUCGGUCUUGCGGUGCUUCCACUAUGAGGUCAUGCAUGAAGGAGACGAGACCGUGUGUCAUGAUGGAAGACUCAGCAUGGAGCUGCUUCGGAAGCACGAUCCGGACUUCGCGAGGGCGGUUCGCGAAGGAGUCGUUUGGAAGAUCUUGUCAAAGCACGUCGCUGCCCAGCUGCCGCAGCUGUUGGGACUUGUCCAAAGGAUGGGAAACGCCACACUUCACCGUGGCGAACACGAGCUCCAACUGAUGAGACGGCUGCAUCAGACUUGGGUCCAGAUGAGCUCUCAGGGUUCUGUGGACGUCCUGGCACUGAAGAGCAAAGUCACCACGGGGAAGUCCGUGCAUGGCAAGUCCAUGCCGCAUCUUUACAGUUUCGUGUUGAAGACUGCGGGUGGCACAGAUCCGUUCUUGCUCAGCACACGUUCAUUGGGACCUGGUUUCUGGGAGAAGGUCAGUGCCGAUGUCAAAGGUUCCAACCAAUUCCCACGGUUCCGGCAUGCCAUGGUGAAGCUUGCAUACUGCAAAGAAGCUGUGGGGUCUGCCGAGUGCAAGAAGAUGUUGCACAAGGAUUCAACGGCCUCUGUCAAGGAGGCAGACACCAUCAUGAGCACGUGGCGAAAGCUUGUGACGGCCCUGCCGGAUGGUGCAGAGCUUCUCAUGAAACCCGAAGUGCAGACCUGCUUGUCCUAUGGGGACAUGUCCUUGGCUGCCUUCACCCUGAAUGUGAUGUUGCCCGGUGAAGACUUGAAGAAAUAUAAGACAAGCCAAUCCCUCGCCCAUGACCUCGUCCUGAUUUUGGAAGGCAUCCUCAAAACAGACCUGAAUGGGCCCUGGGCGGCACACAAGGUCGCAGAUUCGGGUGAGGCAUCGGGUUCCAAACAGGUGGGAGCACCCAUGGCCAUCAUGAGGGAGCUGAGCUCCGACGGCUCGGUGAAGGAUUCAGCGGUGAUGAUGGCCGAGUCCGGCUUUUCAGUCGGCCAAUAUGUCCGUCGCAAGGCGGAUCAGGAAACUGGCCAGGUGACGGCGAUCGAGCUUGGCCGUGUCAAGCUGAAGCAGCCCUCGGGGUCCGUAGUGCGGGUGUCGAUCGACAGCUUUCUCGCAGGCCACUGGCAGGUCUACACACCCAAGCCGGAACCCCAGACGGUGGAUGACUUGUCAGUGUAUUCGCCUUUGAACUUCCCCGAAUACGAGCGACAGAUGCUGUUGGCAUGCUUGUACAUGGACAUGCAUGAGCUCAUGCAAAAGCACGACACGAAUCCCAUGCUGCAGAAGCUCAGGGUCACUUUGAAGCCUCGUAAGUCAGUCCAAGCCACGGCAUUCAUCCCGAAAAACAAGCUCAUCAUGGUCCCCAUGGGUUUGACGAUCAAGCACGGUCAGAAGAAGCCCGAGGAUGCGAUUUUCGAUAUCAUCACCCCCAUGAGUGACUACUUCUUCUGGAUUGUUUCGUUCAUUCAGAUUCCGAAAGCCGAAGGGGAUGCUGGCUUCAUCAAUCCUGCAUUCCUUGUGCAGCCGCUUCCCGUGAGUGACACUUGGAAUUGCGAGGUUUCGCAUGUCAAGUCCAAUCGAGACAAGAAGGUUCAACUCCCCAUCCUCAAGAACACCCUGGACCUGCAGCAGGACGAUGUGCUGUAUAUGCCAAAGGCCGAGAAGACUGUGCACGUCGAGGCCUUGCAGGUUGACACCCCGCCAAGGAAGCGAAUCUGCUCCAAGAAGCCGGGAGACUCCUGA